CACUGCCCACCAAAUUGGAAUGAGCCUAGUGACAAUGGAGGAUGGUGCAAUCCUCCACGCGAGCAUUUCGACAUAGCCAAGCCUGUCUUCCUCAAUAUUGUUUCCGAGCACAAGGCCGGCAUCGUGCCGGUAGAAUACCGAAGAGUUCCAUGCAAGAAGAAAGGAGGAAUGAGGUUUACAAUAACUGGGAACCCUUAUUUCAAUGAAGUGUUGGUUUGGAAUGUGGCUGGCUCUGGGGAUGUGACGAGUGUGGAAGUGAAGGGUGAGAAGCUUCCAUGGACGUCGCUGGAGCGAAUGUGGGGUCAGAGGUGGGUCACUGGUGCUAAGCUUUAUGAGGAGGCACUGACAUUUAGGGUUGGAGAGAGUGAUGGAAGAACCAUAACCUCUGUGAAUGUUGCCCCCAAGAAUUGGCAGUUUGGCCAGACCUACGAAGGCAAGAACUUCGACUAGCUCGGAAAAGAAACAUGUCAUGAGUUUUAAUGCUUUCGACGGAUGUCAAUGAAGAAAGUUCUGAUGUUUUUUUGCUAUAUUUUCUUUUACAUACAAUUCAGUGAAUUCACAGUUUGUUAGUUGUGAAAUUAAAUAAAUACGAAGAGUAACGAAGACCCGCUUGGUGUCAUUAUUACUGUUUCAUUUAUUCAUAA